AUGGCUUCCCGACUCCUACCACGCCGGCCGCUCCUCCAGCUCCGCCUCACCACCACCCCCACCACCCGCAGCAUAACAUCCCGCCCCAGCGCCCGCGCACCCCCGCGCCGCCGUCCAACACGAACCACCCGCACCACACCACCACCACACCCAGCAACGCACUCCGCCUUCGACGACGCCACCACCUCCCCAGACAGCAACAGCAGCAACAGCCCCCUCCUCGACCCCGCCGACCCCCUCUCCCUCAAGCGCCCCUCCUCCUCGCCCGAACAACCCACCAUCCGCUUCUUCGAACAAGACAUCUCGGAGAUCGGCCGCUCCGCCCCGCGCCCCGUCAGCCGCGCGCGCCUCGAAUCCGACGAACGCGCCGCCGAAGCCCUGUGGAAGAAGAUCUCGCGGCUGGAGCGCGAAGUCGCGGAGCUGGAGCACGGCGACGGCGACCUCGACGCGACGCUGAUCCGGUUGCGGGCGCUGGAGCGAUCAUCAGCAUCGUCGUCGUCGGACGGACUGGACGACGCGAUGACGAUGGGGAAGGAGGCGGAGGUCGAGAUGCUGAGCGAGGCGGACCCGGAACGCGUGCGGGCGCAGCUGGAGGCGUUGCGGGUGCCCGGCGCGGGGGAUGCCGUGGAAAGGUUGAACAAUUGUCUGAGGCACGCGUAUCUCGCGACGGAGCCGAGGACGCGGCCCGUCGUCCGGCUGGAGCUGUGGAAGGCGUAUAAGCGCGCGAAGAUGAAUGUGGAGGGCGUGCUGCAAGGGAUUCCGGUCCCCGCGUGGGAUUUGCUGUUUUAUAGCCAGGCGGUGCGGUGGAAGAGCAAUGAGAAGAGGGUGGAGCAUGUGAGGGAGUUGUUGGAGGAUAUGAAGAGCGUGGGGAUGGAGGGGCCGCCGACGAAGCCGCCGGGUGGGAGGGCGUUUGAGGCGGAGGGUGCUGCGGUUGCGGUGUGA